AUGGCCGACGAUGAGCGCCGUGCCAAGCGAUCCCGCUUUGAUCAGACUGAGCCCGAACCCCGUCGCUCCCGAUUUGAUCGCCGUUCGCGAUCCCCGUCCGCAAGACAAUCAGAGUCCACACGUACUCGUAGCCCUUUGAGUCGCGAAACGCGCAGUCCCGCUGGUGAUGGAACACCAAAGCCGGCCGUGGCUGACCCUGCAGCAGCAGCAGCCGCUGCCGCCGCAAAGAUCAAUGCCCAGUUGCAGGCGAAAAAGGGUAUCCAGCAUGUCGAUGUGCCUCCGAUUCGCUCGACUGAUAGCCCGGGCGCGAAGUCCGACGAGGCCGGCGACGGUACAGGAAAAGACGUUUAUGUCACCGAUGGUGACUACAUCAAAGACAUUGAGAUCAAUGAUCUGCGCAAUCGCUACACCCUGACUAAGGGAUCUACUCAGCAGAUGAUUAAAGAUGAAACUGGCGCCGAUGUCACAACCCGAGGAAAUUAUUACCCGGAUAAGAACAUGGCGACUGCCGCGCACCCUCCUCUGUAUCUCCACGUCACAAGCACCACCAAGGAAGGUCUCGAGAAGGCCAUCCAAAUCAUUGAUGAUCUCAUGCAGAAGGAGCUGCCUAACCUGAUCGACGAGCGACGAUUCCGCCGACGAGAGCCCGAGCCUGUGGAACGGGAUGAGUAUGGCCGUCGCAAAUGGCCCGACGAGCGUAUUCCGAUUGACCUCGAACCCAUUCCUGGAUUUAAUCUGCGUGCCCAGGUCGUCGGUCAAGGUGGUGCAUACGUGAAACACAUUCAGCAAAAGACCCGUUGCCGUGUCCAGAUCAAGGGCCGCGGAUCUGGAUUCCUUGAAUCCAGCACUGGUCGAGAGAGUGACGAGGCGAUGUUCCUACAUGUUGCUGGACCUGAUGCAAAUGAUGUCCAGGCUGCUAAAGAACUUUGCAUAGAUCUCCUGGCUAACGUCAAGGAGCAAUACCAAAACUUUAAGGAUAACCCGCCACAGCACAACUAUGGUGGCUACCGUGGUGACCGCUACCAAGGCGGCGGCGGCGGCGAUGGAGGCAGUAGGGGUGGUAGCGGGUAUGGUGGCGGCGGCUACAACCGUCGUAACGAUUACCAGCAACAGCAGCAGCAGUCCCCAGGCGCAUCUGCCAGCCCGACCGGUGCGGGUGGUGCGGGUGCGGGUGCCACCAGCAUGGCCGAUUACGCCGCCCAAUACGCUCAGUACUACGGACAAGGUGCUGACCCCUACGCUGCUUAUGGUGGGUACCAGAAUUAUGUGGCAUACUACCAGUAUUACCAGCAAGCCGCUGCGGCUCAACAGCAACAGCAGUCGGAGGCCGCUCCCCCGCCUCCUCCACCAGCUGGCGAAGCUCCUCCUCCCCCUCCCCCCGGAUCCGGAUCUCCUCCACCUCCUCCCGGUGGAGGCAGCUAUAGUGCGGUUCCUCCCCCACCUGGUCUGUAG